AUGACUUGGUCUAGGCGGAUGCGAGAUGGAAUGGUUUUUGAAAAGCUGGAUAGAUGCCUUGUGACAGAAAGUUGGUUUCAUCUUUUUACAUUUUCUUUUAUUAGAGUGUUGAUUAAACCGGGUUCAGAUCACUUACCCUUGUUAGUGCAUGUGCUGAAUAAACCACAUAAGGAAAUUCGGAAUUGUAAACAAUUUAGAUUUGAGCAUAUGUGGGUGGCACAUGAAGAGUCUAGUGCUGUGAUAGAAGAGAGUUGGAAUCGGGAUGAAGAAGCAAAUGUUCAACAAUGCAUUGUUAAUUGUGGUCAAGCUUUAGAAAAUUGGGAUGUCACGGUAUUUGGUAAUGUUCGCUAUGGUAUUCAGAGGAAGAAGAAAGAACUUGAGCAAGCAUACAUCACGGCGCAAGUAACUGGGGUCUCACGACAAUUGCAUGACUGUUUAGAUGAGUUUAAUGAUUUAUAUGAUCGUGAGGAGAUUAUGUGGAGACAAAGAUCGAAAGUUUCUUGGCUGCGAGAAGGAGAUAGAAAUUCGAGGUUCUUUCACUCAGUUGUCAAUACCCGAAAGGCUAAAAAUAAUAUUGCUUCCAUUCAGGACGAUGGUGGAAAUUGGCAUUCUGAGAUCAAAACAGUUGAAAAAGUGGUGGUUGAUUAUUUUAAGCAGAUUUUUAUUACUUCGAAUCCACUGCAUUCAGAUAUUGAGCACGUAUUGGGAACAGUAGAUCAGAGAGUCACGGCAGAGAUGAAUGCUAAGUUGAAUAGACCCUUUACAGUGGAGGACAUCAGAGUUGCAGCUUUUGAUAUGGGAGCAGACAAAUCACCAGGUCCAGAUGGCAUGACUCCGUUGUUUUAUCAACAAUAUUGGCAUAUUGUUGGGGAAAAGGCUAGUGAGAUGGCGUUGGCUUUUCUGAAUUUACGACAAGCUUUGCCUGAUAUUAAUCAUACUAGUGUUGUGUUGAUUCCGAAAAAUGAGCAUCCUUGUAUGGUUAAGGAUUACCGUCCAAUUAGUUUGUGUAAUGUAGUGUUUAAAAUUGUUUCAAAAGCAUUAGCUAAUCGUUUAGGAGAAAUCUUGCCGGAGGUUAUUGGACCGAAUCAGAGUGCAUUUGUUCCGGGACGUAUGAUUUUUGAUAGUUCUUUUAUUGUUUUUGAGACGAUUCACUAUAUGAAGAAUAAACGUGCUGGAGGGGCGAAUCAUAUGGCGCUUAAGCUCGAUCUAAGUAAGGCCUAUGAUCGUGUGGAAUGGGCCUUUUUAGAAGGAAUGAUGCUUCGUUUGGGAUUUUCACAGCAAUGGACUUCUUUGGUUAUGUCGUGUGUGACAACAGUUUCCUAUUCAAUCAUGGUAAAUGGGACGAAUACAGAAAAAUUUAGUCCAUCUAGAGGAAUCAGGCAAGGAGAUCCAUUAUCUCCUUAUUUAUUCCUUUUUUGUAUGGAAGGACUAUCUUGUUUAUUACAGAGGGCGGAACUAGAUGGUCAUAUUAGGGGUGUUGCAAUUAACAGAUAUGCUCCUACAAUUUCACAUUUGUUUUUUGUCGACGACAGUAUUUUAUUUUUAAGGGCAUCUCUUCGUGAAUGUGAUGUUGUUCUUGAUUUGCUCCGUCAGUUCUCUCUAGCUUCAGGACAACAGGUUAAUGUUGAUAAAUCGGCUAUACUCUUUAGUUCCAACACACCUGUGUGUUUGCGGGAGUCUAUUAUGCAGCAUUUAGGUGUUCAAAAGAUACUGGAUCGAGAUCGCUAUUUGGGUAUACCGAUUAUGAUUGAUAAAUCCAAGAAAGCUGAGUUACAACUCAUCAAGGAUCGAUUAUGGAAGCGUCUUCAACGAUGGAAAGGUAGUCUAUUGUCUAUUGCAGGUACAGAUACUUUGAUAUGGAACUCAACGGUGAAUGGAAGCUAUACGGUACGUAGUGGAUAUUAUGUGGCCCGAAGUUUAUUGGGACACGAUGAUAUACACGUUGAUGAUCGUUCACCAGUCUGGAGACUUAUUUGGAGUGCUCAUGUAUUGCCUAAGGUAAAGUAUUUCUUUUGGCGAGUUAUUCAGGAUAUUCUGCCCACUAAGCCACAAUUACAGCGACGAGGAGUUCCAAUAGAUUUGAAUUGUGUUGUUUGUGGUGGAAAUGAAUCUUCUCUUUAUCAUGUCUUUUUUGAGUGCACUUUUAGUAGGCAGGUAUGGGUUAUUGCUUGUCCCUGGUUACCUGUAUAUCUAGAAUCCUAUGAGUAUGGAGCCUCAUUCCGACGGGAUCGUCAGUCACAAACUAUUGUACGGCAGCAAUGGACACCUCCAACACAAGGACGGGUAAAGAUCAACACAGAUGCAGCUUUUAGUCAACACCGACAGGAAGCAGCUUUGGGUGUUGUUUUUCGUGAUACGGAUGGCCAUGUUUUGCUAUCCGGUAUAACGAGAAUUACCAAUGUGCCUAAUAGUCUAUUUGCUGAGAUGUACACAAUUCGUUUUGGGUUAUUGUUAGCUCUUUCUUAUAGUUUUGUUACUUGUGAAGUGGAGAGUGAUAGCUUAUUGGCUAAUAUAGAACUAAAUAGGCAAACACCUUCAUUAUGGGAAGGUGGUUCUUUAAUUUUGCAGAUUAAGCACAUUGUAUCUAGUUUUGAUUUUUGUUCUUUUAAACAUGUAAGUAGGGUAGCGAAUACUUUGGCUCAUAAUCUAGCCCAUCUUGAUUGUGAUGUAGGGGCUAAUUAUGUCUGA